AUGACUUUCGAAUGCUCUCAAGAAGUGGCCGAUGAUUACGAAAAAUUACUUGAAACUGAUGAAGAUUAUAAUGUUAUUAUUUACGUUGGUGAAAAUGAAAACUUAAAGGAAAUACAUGCACAUUCAAGUAUUUUACGUAUUAGGUCCCAAUAUUUUCGUGCUGCAUUCUCUAAGGAAUGGCAUGAAAAGAAAGAUGGAAAAUUCAUCUUUAGAAAACCUAAUGUUUCACCUCAAUUAUUUGAUAUGAUUUUAAGAUUUAUUUAUUGUGGGAAGAUUGAUUUGAAGAAAUUACAAGGACCUGAUAUUCUAAAACUUUUGAUAGCAGUAGAUGAACUUAAUAUUCAAACCUUAAUCAAUCAUAUUCAAGAAUAUUUAAUUAAAUAUCAAAACGAAUUUUUGCAACAAAAUCCUCUAGAAAUUCUUGAAAUAAUUUAUCAUUAUGAAACUUUCAAAGAUUUAUUCAAUUAUUUUAUAAAGAAAAUUUGUGAAGAACCAGAAUUAUUAUUUAAUUCUGAUAAAUUUAUUAAUUUGAAAUCACCUUUAUUAGAAUUACUUUUGAAAAGAGAUGAUUUAUUGUUAGAUGAAAUUGUUAUCUGGGAUAAUUUGAUUAAAUGGUGUCUGGCUCAACAUUCUAAUAUUUCACAAGAUCCUACACAAUGGAAUAAUGAAGAAAUCACCAUUAUGGAGAGAACUAUUCAUAAAUUUAUUUCAUUAAUAAGGUUUUGUUAUAUUUCUACGGAAAAUUUUGUUACUAAAAUAUAUCCGUUUAAAGAAAUAUUUCCGAAAGAUUUAAUUAAUACCAUUCUUCUAUUUUAUGCUCAAAAUAAGUUAAAUGAGGAUAAAAGACCUCCUAGACAAUCAAAAUGUAAUAUUGAUUCUGUUAUAAUUAAUCAAAGUCAUAUUGAAACCUUCGCAAAAUGGAUUUAUAGAAAAGAAAAAUUUCCUGAAUAUAUUCCUUAUAAUUUUCAUCUUUUAUAUAGAGCCAGCAGAGAUGGUAAUACACCUGCAGCAUUUCAUGAAAAAUGUGAUAACAAAGGAGCUACCAUUGUUGUAGUUAAAGUCACUGAUUCAAAGCAAAUAGUUGGAGGAUAUAAUCCGUUUUAUUGGGAUUUGAAUUCAAGAGAGAAGCAUAAAUCUACUUAUGAUAGCUUUAUAUUCUCAUUUAAUGAUCCCCAAAGUGCAAAAGUGAGUUAUAGCAAUGGUAAUCAAUAUUCUUUAUGUUAUUAUUCGGGCAAUAAUGGUCCAGUAUUUGGUGGUGGUAAUGAUUUAAAAUUUCAUAAAGAUACUUGGUAUAGUAAUAUAGAUAAUUAUAGCUCUUAUCCUAAAAUUGAUAUACCUACAGGUAGUUUUAGAGCUGAUGAUUAUGAAGUUUUUCAAGUUGUUAAAAAAUAA